AUGACAGGCGAGCCUGCACCUGCAUGGGACUCUGGGAACGGCACCGUUUGGGAGGAAUACAUCGACAUUGCCUUUGUGGCGGCAAACAGCUUGAUUCUGUUAAUCACUUCUGUUGUGGGGAUUGCAGCAAAUGUUUUUGUCAUACUGGCAGUGUAUCAGCAAAAACUACUGCAAACUUCCAUUAAUGCACUGGUGGUGAAUCUGGCUGUUAUAGACUUCCUGCGCUGUAUAGUCGACUGCCCCAUUCUGUUGACCAUCGUCAUGACGGUGUAUCAACGGGAACACUUGGACAAUUUCAUUUGUGACACACAAAUAGCCUCUUUCUCAUUCAGCUGCUGCAUCCAGUUGUUAACACUGGCGUGCAUAAGUGCAGAGAGGUACCAGGCCAUCGCACAACCCUUCAAAACUAGUCAACGAAAAAGACGGAUUAUGGUGCUCAUUCCUCUCACGUGGACCCUGGCUAUUCUGAUGGCUGUUUUUUGCCUGAUAUAUUUGAAUGACUCACCCGUGUACGUGCGAUGCCAAGGACGACGGAGAGAAACAUCGUCUUCCUAUGACAACUUUGGACUUUACAUGCUGUUCCCGCUGUGGGCAGCUUGCUUUGGUCUUAUCAUUGGAUUCUAUACUCGCAUAUUUGCUCUCGUGAGAUCACACAAUCGCAAAAUAUUUGAUAAAGGGACUUCUCCUCCUCCUAAAAAAGACACGACGGAAGAUGAGCAAAAGAAAGAAGAGACAUCGGUCGUGGAGAAUGGACAAAGCCAGAUCCUGUGCAUUGCAGUUGCUCAGACGCAUCCUAAACCUGAUUCAUCAAAGAAAAAUUCAGUGGAGAUAAGUGACUUAGAAACAGACCACAGACAGAUCCUUGCAGUGAAGUCUGCAGAGGGAAAACCAUCAAAAACAGAGCAGUCCAGCCACAGUGCCACGAAUGUUGAAGCAAAACCUGCAAAUGGCGAUGCAGUUGCUGAUGUUAAGAGCUCAACCACAAAUAUGCAGAAGGUGUCAAGCAAUUUGAACACCGAAAAGCAGCCCAAAGAACAACUGAAAACCGACAAAGAAACCAAAGAAAUCAGUCCUUGUGUUUUCUCGAUUGCUAAGUCAGAAAACCCUGAAUCUACCUCCGUCUUGCUGAUUGAACCAAAACAAGCAAAGAGCAGCAAUGAAGGAGAAAAACUGGCUGUUGCAGCAGUGGCUCAAGUGUCUUCAUUACCUCCGGUCUCCAGUAAUGUCCCUGAAACAGAAGCUAUAAAACAAGACGUGGAGACAGAAGGUGCUGUUUGCAUGAUGCCUUCAAAAGCAGGGAAAGAGAGAGCCAGCAAAAAGAAAGAAAGUAAAAUGGCCAAGCGUGCAGGCUACAUAAUCAUAACCUUCCUCCUAUUCUGGCUGCCACUGAUUGCAACUAUCCUGAUGAAUUUUGUUGUUCACAACAACAAGAAUACGCAGGCCAAGAUCAUUCAGGACUUGGAGAUCCUGUCAGUGUCUGUUGCCUGCAUCACAUCACUGAGUGACCCAAUAAUAUAUGCAGCAGUGAACCCUCAGUUUCGGACAGAGUUCAAUCGGCUGAAAAGCAGAUUUGAAGCCAUGUUCAAUAAGAAGUGA